AGAAAAUUGGCAGGAGAAUAUACAUUUCAUUUUAUUGUCAGUUCUGUGAGCUUUCUUUUUGCCUUUAUUUCUCUUCACAUAAAGUAUACAACAUUCAAUCUAUCUACCAGCUUUAUAUUUACUGAAGACACCAUUUGCUCGUGUUAAUGAAAUUAUUCAAUCGUUGAUCAAGCAAGUCUUUCUUCGCAUCUUUAAGGAGAUCUUUGUGCCUUUUUUCAACUUCUCUUUACUCGCAUUGACUUGUUUUCAUCGAAAAUGAAUUGGAUUUCUUUUUUCAUUUGCAUUUUUUUGACAUUCUCACAGAUUACAUGCUCCGGUUUAUUUGAAUUAAAAUUAAAAUCCUUUCGAAAUGAUAAGGGUGUAAAUAGUCUGAAUCGAUGUUGUAGCGAAAAACAAUCAAUUAAUGGAUUAUGUUUAGGAAGUUGUAAAACGAGGUUUCGAGUAUGUUUAAAACAGUAUCAAGCAGAAGUGGACACAACAUCGUCAUGUACAUUUGGAUCUGCUGCAACAAUAAUCCUCGGUGAUAAUACAUUCAAUCUAACUCAAUCAUCAAUAGCUCUUAAAAGUCAAUUACAAAAGGAUUCACGAAUAAAUCCAAUUAGGUUUCCAUUCGAGUUCACAUGGCCUGGUGCCUUUACACUCAUUGUGGAAGCAUACCAUGAUUCUUCAAACGACAGUGAAUCAAGAUCAACAACAGAAUCACUCAUAUCACGCUUUUCUAUACAAGGAGAGCUAAGUGUUGCAGCUAAUUGGACACAAUAUUCAAGUAAACAACUAACCAAAGAAAUUGAAUUUGAGUAUCGCGUUACAUGCGAAUCAAACUACUAUGGAGCGGGCUGUGAAACACUUUGCCGAGAGCGUGACGAUAAUUUUGGACAUUACGCGUGUACAGCAAGUGGUCAACGCAUGUGUUUAUCCGGUUGGCAUGGGAAUUAUUGCGAUAAGCCACGUUGUUCUGUCGGUUGCAAUUUGGAGCAUGGACACUGCGAAAAACCCAACGAAUGCAUAUGCAAAGCCGGAUGGAAGGGGCCGAAUUGUGAUGAAUGUGAAGUUUACCCAGGAUGCGUGCAUGGAUAUUGUGUAAAGAAAUGGGAUUGCAUCUGCAAAGAGGGUUGGGGAGGCCUUUUUUGUAAUCAAGAUUUAAAUUUUUGUACAAAUCACAAGCCAUGUCAUAAUGGUGGAACAUGCACAAACACUGGACAAGGUUCAUAUACGUGUAAAUGUCCACCGGGUUACACAGGAGUAGAUUGUGAAGUCAAAAUCAAAGAUUGUACUGCCAAUCCAUGUCUAAAUAAUGCAACAUGUCUCGAUACGAUUGAUGGUUAUAAAUGUGAAUGCAAUUAUGGAUGGACGGGAAAGCAUUGUGAAACACAAACUGUAACGUGCGCCUCAAAACCAUGCUUAUUUGGUGGAAUAUGUCAUGACUCUAAUAAGGGAGCCGGAUGCGAUUGUCCAACUGGAUAUAGCGGGAAAUUUUGUGAGACUCAUGUUCAAAAUUGUUCUCCGAAUCCAUGUCAAAAUAAGGGCGAAUGCAUUGCAGUUAAAGAUCAUUAUCAAUGCCAAUGCGCAAAAGGUUUUCGUGGCCUUAAUUGCGAGGAAAAUAUUGAUGAUUGUCAUGGCAAUCCAUGCAAAAAUGGUGGCACAUGCAUUGACGGAAUCAAUCAAUAUCAAUGCAAAUGUGUUUCUGGAUAUACGGGUGAAAAUUGUGAAAAACGUGUCGACUUUUGUCUGACAAAACCAUGUGCAAAUGGCGGCAGUUGUAUAAAAGUAAAUAACGGCUUUCAAUGCAUUUGUCGAAACGGUUUCACUGGUAAUGAUUGUAGUCAAGAUAUUGAUGAAUGUUUGUCAUCGCCAUGCAAGAAUGGCGCAACUUGCAUUAAUCGUGUAAAUUCAUACGAAUGCCAAUGCAUUGAUGGAUUUCAAGGAGUUAAUUGUGAUGAAGCAGUUAGUAGCCAGUUGGUACAUCAAGCAUCAACAUCAACAUAUCAAGAAGCUCAAAUUGGAAGGAGCGAAAAUUUAACUUUCAUUCAAAUCAUACUGAUAGCUUUUCUUUCAAUCGCGGUUCCUUUUGUCGCGGUAUGUGGCAUAACUGUUAUUGUUUGCAUGAAAAGAAAAAGGAAACGUGAGCAAGAGAAAGAUGAUGCAGAAGCACGAAAACAAAAUGAACAAAAUGCAUCGCAUAUAACACACUUGCAUCAGCAUCAUCAUAAUUCAAUAAUAGCAAUAAAACGAACAUCAAAUAGUUCAAAUGCUCUUGAAAAUUCCACUCAUCAUAUGAUCAAGAAUACUUGGGACAAGAGCGUUAAUAAUAUGAACAUGUCAAAUUCUGUCAGCAUGGAUGAUGGUUGCAUGUUAAAUACAAAUAAUAGUAUGUAUGGAGCAAUGUCAAAUUUUAAUGAUAACAAUAAUGCAUCAUCUGCAGGAAUAAAUACUAGUCAGUUGCUAAGUUCAACUGAUGGUUAUCAAUCUCAAAUAGUUCCUCAACAAACACUUCAACGAGCGAAAAGUCAAAAGCAGCUUAAUACUGAUCCUGCUGUUGUGAAUCGUGCAUCACUAAUUAUGCAUCGGCAGCAGCAUCCAGCAAAAGAAAUAACGCUCGAUAAGAGAAUAUCAUCAAUGCUUGGAGAAGCGUCAUGGAGUGGGAAUUCUGCUGCAAGCACUAGUCGACAAAUGGACAGAUGUAGUCCGCCACACAUAUAAAUUGCCUCGGCGGCAGUCUCACAUAGAAGUAGUGCUUUUUAUAUUAUAUUAAUAGAUUUUUAAAUGAAAAAAAAAAUCGUGACUCUCUACAUUCGUCUAUUCAUUUUUGUGACUAUGAUUAAACGAUCUCAUGAAAAAAAAAAAAAUCUUAAAAGAGAAUUAAAGAGGAAAAAAUAAAAUAGAAAUGAAAGAUUGAAUAUUGAACAAGGAAAAGAACAAAAGAUCACUUAAGUAACCAGUAAAUUCUUAAAGAAAAUGAAGAAAAAAAUUGAAUGACGCUUUGAGAUUUCAAAAAUAAUAAAUUUCAAUUAUGAUUUCAAAUUAUGACACUUUUUUGAUAUAUUCAUUUGUAUCGUUUCAAUUUCAUUUUUAAUGGUCAUUCAACAUUUAAAAAGAACAUCUAAGAUCCAGUUCCAGAAGUCUUGAUACAUACAAGACUACAGCGCAUUUUUGAAGAAUCAACAAGUACGUGUUCAUUUUUUGUUUCAAAGGAAGUUAUGGAUAUUAAAAAAAUAGUGAUAGUUUUAGAAAAUUCUUACUGCACAUUAAGGUGCACGUAUAAAAAAAUUCAAAGGCAUAUUUUAAUAUGCCAAUCAGUCAUAGUGAGCAUAAACUUGAUAAUUUUACUAAAAUGCACUGGAAUCAAUUUAAAAAAAGGUAAAAAAAAUUUUUUAACUUUCAUAAGAAUUCGUUGAUUAUUAAUCUAAUUCCUAUCCUUUUUUCAAAUCAAUAAGAUUAAAUGGAUAUAUCAUUUGAUUUAAUUAAAUUGAUGAAAUUAAUGUUCAAUUAGAAACGAUGGAUAUGAAAUUUACAACAAAAAGAUUUAUUAAUCAUGUUCUUUUACGACUUGUA